UUCGUACUUCAUGAAAGAUAUUAAUAAGCAUCUUUAGCAUAUUAUAAAUUUGAGUGAAAGAGACAUCCGAAAUAUUUUUACAAUAACGACAGUGACACAGCUAAUAUUCAAAUAAAAACAAUGUAUUUCAAUUAUCAUUCUAACUGUCUGAACUUCAAUAUUUCAGUAGUUACUUGACGUUUUAUCAUUCAGAAUGAGGGAUUUCGAUUAUUCGAUUAUGUUAUUGUUGGGAUAUCAGAAUUAUAAAAAAACAAUAAUAUAAAGUCAUUUUAUCGGUGCUCCCACGCAAAUAUUGCAUAUCUCAAUAUAUUACAUUUAGGUUCCUGUAACAUAGAUAACUAAAACAGUAAUUGUCGACGAAGUAAUACAUUGUGCGACUAAAUAAUUAUUAAAUCGUAUUAAAAAUUCCAUAAUGAACAGUAUUAGUAGUGUAUGUAUGAGUUUAUUUAUUGUAGUGGCUUUGUUUAAUGUGAAAGUGUGUUUAUCGCAGUACAGUAAACCAUGGAGAGACAUUUACGAAAAUAACAAGUGCCCCAAAUUAUAUCCGAAGAAUUUUUUGAAUUACAUGCCAGUUGGUAAUCUAACAGCUGGAAACUACACAGAGAAACCAGGUCUAAAGGGCCUAAAGCAAUGUGUGAUGGAGUGCUGCAUGUCCGAGUCCUGCAAUAUAGUGUUCAUAUAUGACCAGCGGUGUUUCCAUGUGGAGUGUGUCAGUGACGAACUGUGUCUACCACUGCAAAGGACUGGAAGUCGAAAAUGGGAGGCCUCACAUGUGUCUAUGAUACUUGUAAAACCAGUUUUACCUAAUGAGAAUUGGUCAGACAUAUUAGAUCAGUCUAGCUACAGACAGGUUAACAAUAAUUUUUCUCCUGAAGAAGAGUCAGUGUACUCUCCGUACUCAAUAAACCGCAAUGACCUACUCAACGGUGAUGAAGCCUCAACAUUUUUAUCACGUUUCCUCAACAACUUGCCUACGAUGGAUGAAGAUGAACCACGGAACUUUGACAAGUACCGAGAUAACAAUGAUAGUGACAUGAUAAUGGAUACAAAUAAUUUUCUAGAAAAGAUACCGUGCGAAGUAGAUGCCGGCGAUUGCCCUUUCAACUCUGAGUGCAUACCACUAGGUUUGAAACUACGGAAUGGCAUUUGCAAAUGUGUACCUGGUACGGAAGAGAAUGCGCAGGGUGCAUGCGUUCAAAUGAUCAGACCUUUCUCCAAAGGCCCUACAAUACCAGUUGAUUCUAUGAAGAAAAAUGAUGAAACCGAUCCAAAAAGUGAUAUUCUUAAAACUGAAACUACUUCUCAGAAAAGUAUUCAAACUUUGACUGUUUCGAUCUUGUCCAAACAGGUACAACUGCCAGACAAUGAAGUGACUUUGGCAGCAUAUACUAUUCCAGAUGAGAAAGCAACAAUGAGCCAUUACAACUAUGUAUGGACACUAGUAGAUCAACCAAAAGGAGGUUUUACAGGUAACAUGAAUCAAAACGGUGCAAAAGUGACGCUAACGGAUCUAACAGAAGGGCAAUACCGAUUCAAAGUGACAGUUAAUGGAACUAAUUCAUAUGGGGAAGGAUUUGCAAAUGUUACCGUAUUACCACCACAUCGCGUCAACACGCCGCCACAAGUUGUCAUAACACCGCAAAGUCAAACUGUGAAACUUCCUAAUACUGUUGCUGUACUUGAUGGAAGUGCUAGUAAGGAUGACGACGCAAUAAUUUCCUGGCAUUGGGACUUGACAUCUGGGCCCAUUGGCUACCAACCUCCUUUGCAAGAUGGGCCUACGUUAGUGCUAAAUGAUUUGAAGCAACCUGGGAACUAUACAUUUAAACUAACAGUUGAAGAUUCAGAUCAUGUUAAGAAUUCUACCACAGCUAAUAUAACUGUGUUGAAUCACACUGAUUAUCCGCCUGAAGCUAAUGCUGGUCAAGACGUAAUAAUAUACUUGCCGAACAAUAACUUAACGUUAAACGGGAGCCUCUCGACUGACGACCAUGAAAUCACCUCCUGGGAAUGGACCAAAUCUGCUGAAGAUGAAAACAAGGCGGUCGACAUGCAAAAUACACACUCACCUUAUUUACAAUUAUCAAAUCUAUCGGAAGGCGUAUACACGUUCGUAUUGAAAGUGACGGAUUCUUCAGGCCAGUCCUCCACUGCAGAUGUUCAUGUCUUCGUCAAACCACCGACCAACACUCCGCCCGUAGCUGAAGCAAGAGCAGAAUCUUUCAUAUCACUACCUCAAACUUGGAUCAUCCUGAACGGUUCGACAUCGCACGAUGACCAUAGGAUUGUCGCGUACACCUGGCGUUGUCUCUCCGGUCCUACUAACUCUAACAUUAUCAACUUUAACGAGUCAGUCGCGAAUGCCACCGCACUCACUAAAGGACAAUACGUCUUCUCCUUGACCGUACUCGACGAUAACGGGAACUCUGCAUCUGAUAAUGUCACCGUCACCGUCACGCAAAACAAAAACAGUCCUCCAAAAGCAGACGCAGGCGGUGACUUAGUGCUAAACUUGCCAAUAUCGGUUUUGAUACUGAAUGGAUCGAAGUCAUCGGAUGAUUUCCGCAUAGUGUCGUGGAAGUGGAGUCGUUCACCAUCUGGCCUCGCUGCCGGCACUGUUAUCCUGAAUUCUGAUACACAACCCGUGUUAAUGCUAACAAACAUAGAGGCAGGGAGAUACGUAUACGAACUAACAGUAACGGAUGACCAAGGAGAAUCAGACAAAGACACAGUGAGUGUCCAAGUAAAGCCUGAUCCUUUGGAAAUGAACCUUAUGGAGUUAACCAUGAACAUUCCAAUAUCAGCCUUCACACAGAGUCAAUUAGACUCAUUAGUGCAAAAGAUGACCUUACUCCUCAAGGACGAUAUUAGAGUUAACGUCACUGAAGUUCAUGGACAAAUUGAUUCUGGAAAUGCGCAGCUGAUCUUCUUCCUAUCUGAACAGGGUAAAGCAGUAGAAGGUAUCCGCGCUCUAUCCCUAGUCCGCGGCACGUCGGGCGCGUGGACGGCGUGGGGCGGCGGGCGCGUGCGCUCGCUGCGCUGUCUGAGCGCGUGCUCGGGCCGCGGCGUCUGCGACCACGCCACCAGGACGUGUCGCUGCGACGCCUUCUGGAUGCAGAGUCUACUGUCGCAGCUUGAUCCUGAUGCGCAACCUGAUUGUGAAUGGUCAGUAGUAUACGCGAGCCUGGGCGGCGUGGCGGCGCUAUGCGGCGUGGGCGCGGGCAGCUGGGCGGCGGCGCGCGCGCUGCGCCGGCUGUGCGCGCCUCGCAAGCCGCGCGCGCGACCCAAGUACAGGCUGCUACCGCUCGCCGACCACGAGGAGAAACCAUGUAAAUAUUUUACAAGUAAAGACUUAUCAGAGAGUGAAACGGAUUCGGACGUGUUGUUCGAAACGAAAAGCAAGACAACAUCGUUUGGCACCCGCGUCAUGAACGGUGAGGCGUCGCAGGGCAAUGGCUGGAAGAAGAACGGCCAUUACAAGAGUUCCCGUAAAGUGAAGACGUAGCUCAUCGCAAUGCGACUAAGCUGCCUUCGAAUAAAGUCAGCCAUUGGUCACUGUAAGUAACAACUUACAAUAUUCUUCCACAUUCACACGGACAUUACAUAGACACGUUGCCAUUCCAAAUUGUGUAAAAAUGUGAUUGCAAAUAGUAUAGAACAAAUGCUAGAAUAAACUGUAAUCGCCUAAAUCGGUCAUGUUUAGUAUAAGUUAGUAAGCUAACGAUUUAUAUAAGUGUGCAGUGAAAUGUAUUUAUGGAACCGUAAGCUACUUAUUUAUAUGUAAUUUAUUAUAACAACAUCGCGCACAAACAGUCUGUGCCUACCGCAUACAUAGAGCAAACCAGUGCUAUAUAGGCUAUAUUAGGCCAGUAGGUAAAAUAUUACUAAUAAAUGUAAAUGACCAACCUAACACCAUUGCAGCUCUACCGAUAAUACAGCUAUACAUUAGUAUUAUUAUAAAAUAACAGUUCUUCAUAUCGAUAACUUACUAUAAGUAUUAAAAUUUUAUAGAUUGCACAUUAAAAAGCAAUAAAAAUAGCACAGAAUAAAUGAACUAGCAGCAGUAACAAUUUUGCAACUAUUCCACUGAUCGUUUUUAUUUAUCAUGUUACUUACAUACAUACCUACUUACAUGCACACAAUGGACUCACAUCUAAUCUAACCAGUAUAUUUUACUUUACUUAUUGUAACUGCAUAUUUAUUUCAGAAACAUUGAAUGUAUGAUUUGAUCUCGAAUGAGUUUAUUCAAAAUAAUAAACCAUAGAUUAAUUUGUAGAAACAAUUAUUUGUUUCUAAAUGAUCCUAUUAUUUUAGGAACUAUUUCCCUAUUCCUAACAUGCCAAUCAUAAAAUAGGAAAGAAUCAACUUCGUGCUCGAUUAAAUAGGACUUAUAUUAAAAUAACACUUCAAUAAUAAAAUGGCUAUGAAAUAAUAAAUAAAUAAUAUAGAUUGUAGUUUUUAGAUAGAUUAAGUUUUUUACUUAUAGACGAUGCAUGAAUAGGGUUGCUGUAUGGCAAGGUUUAUUUUUAUUUAUUUGCAUGUUUAGUCCCAGUAAUAGGGAAUUAGAGAUAUGAGCACAUUGCGAGCACAAAAAUAAAGAAUAAUUUACAUUGACCAGAUAGCAACCCUAUUGAUAUAGAUAUUAUAUAUUUUUUGUAUUAAAAUUUGAUCAGACGCAAAAUUAAUGAAAUCGUUAUUAGUGUUACCUAAAUCGUAGGUAUGAAAAUCAUUUGUAAAUCUGAAAAGAUAGGUUAUAUAAAUAUUAUAUAGUUAUUUAUGUAAAAAGAUCCUGUAGAAGUAGUAAUAAGGAUAAUUUUAUUUACAAAAUAUUGGUCUCGACGGUCGCGAAUGUCAAGGUCCACAGAUAAAGAAUAUUGCGAAAAAGUUGACGAAACAAUUAAAUUUUAUUUUAUUUUUUGGUGUGUCUAUUUAUAAUUGUAUUGCAUAAUAAGAAAAACAAAUAUAAAGAUAAGAAUUAUAGAACUCUGUAAGGCAUUUAUAAAACAUGAAUUGUUCUUUAAAUAGCUUGCCGUGUUCACAAUCUCGCCAUAAUAAUGUUUGCCUUAUUUUAAGUAUUUUAUUGAAGUGUUGUUAUAGGUAUUGAAUCAUUGUAUUGUAUUAAUUAAGGUUGCAUAAUAUAAUGGCGUUGAAAGUGACUUUUUAGUUAACAUUGCAUAAUUGAAUAUUCUAGUCCUGUUAAGUGAUAAUAUUUUAGAUUAUAAUACACUAUUGGGUUUAAUCGUAAAUGUUUAUGUAUUUUAUUUUAUUUUAUUGUGAUUUUGACGAGUAUUUUAUUACUUGAAUGUACUUAAUUUGUUCGGAAAUAAAUUCGUAUUUAUGCUUAAAAA